AUGGCGUUUUGUUUUCCCUACCGGUACCUUGUGGUCGGGCUGGCGAGCCUCGGCUUCAUGAUCCUCGUGAGCAUGCGCACUGCCUUCGUCCUCGUACUCACCCACACCAGCCGCGCCAACGUCUCGGAGGUCACCGGCUUCUUCCCGGGUUGUACCAGAACCAACGCCAGCAGCGGUUACAUUAGCAGCUUCGACCUCAGCAGCAGCAUGCAGUUUCAUACGGUUUACUUCCUCGGAAUGUUCAUCAGCCUCGUGUUUUGUGGGUAUUUCGCAAGCCGGUUUCCGGCACCGAGGAUUAUGGGUACCGGAACUUUUAUUUCCAGCGUGUUGUUUAUGAUUCUUCCCGUGGUGUUCGAGAACAGCAAGUCUGGUGUCAUGGUGAUACGAUUUCUGCAAGGGUUGAUCGAAGGGUUGGGUCAGCCUGCUAUAGCUGUGCUGAUUACAUCGUGGGCGCUGAAGCAUGAACGGUCGUUGAUGUUCUCUGUGGGGUUUCUGGGUUUAUACCUCGGCCCGGCUGUGGGGAAUGUUAUCUCAGGUGUUCUGAUGUGCUACGUCAGCUGGCAUUCACCUAUGUACGCCUGCGGGGUCAUAGGGGUUAUAUGGGCGUUGGUGUGGUCGUUCGUGGCGUACCCGUUACCUCAAGAAUGUCCUUUUCUUGGUAAAGAUGAAGCGUUAAGAUACAUCAAAGAAGGGGAGAUAAUUUUCAAAGGAUCGAAGGAAGUCGCUGAAACAACACCGUGGAAGGAGAUUUUAACCUCAAAACCUGUUUGGGCAAUCUGGGUGGCGAGUUUCUGUAAAAGUUUUGUUUUUUCUUGUAUUUUAGCCGUGCAUCCAAUGUUCUUCAAGGAAGUUUUCGGUAUUUUAGCCGCGGAUAUUGGAUUAGUUAUGUCCCUUGCGUACGUACUAAACAGUAUUUUUAUCUGUGUGUGCAGUUUCAUCGCCGAUCGUCUAAUCGCGUCUAGGCUCUUCAGCGUGACGAGCAUCAGAAAGUUCAUGCAGUGCUUCGGUGUCGGCGCCGAGGCCGUGUUCUUCAUCUGCAUGAUCUACUCCAAAACCUACGUCACUUCCGUCUUCUUCAUGGCGUCUGCUUACGUCAUCGGGGGCAUGACCUUCGCGGGGUACAGCUGCAACAUCGUCGACCUCUCCCCGCAGUUCUCCGGACCGGUGUCGGCCGUUGCUAUCUCUGGAAUAGUCGGCAGCGUCCUGAGUACGUUGUUCGCGUCGUUCCUCGCGGGAGAGCGGAACUCUGUGAGCUACUGGGCGCCGCUCUUCUGGGCGGAAGUGGGCGUGUCCGCAGCGACGGCUGUUUUCUACUUCCUGUUUGCCUCCGGGGAGAAACAGCCGUGGGGGAGUGGCGCGGAUGAUGAAACAGCGACGGAUAUCUGUAUCUUCAAGCGGGAUAGAGAGAGGAGGAGAGAGAAACAGUUGCUGCUAGAUGCGAAAGUCAUGUUGAUCACAUCGAGUAAAGAGGGGGACUUUGCUUCAGGACAUUGGCUCAUGUCCAUUUAG